AUGACCAGAAAUAAAGCACUGACGAAUGACGUUCGAGUUCCGAAUACACGCAUCUAUCUGGUGCGAAGUGGAGAGGACUGCGACAGCAUAACACCAGCAUGGCGAAAUCGAGCAUUCGAGACCUAUCAAGCAUAUCGAAUGUUAGAUAUGAAUCAGCCGGCAUGGAUUCCAAGAAGAGCUGGUGGUGAAGAUGACUACUGUAUGGAUACACCAUUAACUAAUGUCGGUUCUAUGAGCGCUCAGUUGGUCGGUAGGGCGAUCACAAUGCGGACAGUCGUCAUCACUGUUUAUUCAUCACCUUCGCUUGCCUCUGUCCAAAAUCCACUACCGAACUUCCUGCAAGUGAACGAAUUGAUCGCCUGUGGCAUUGAAGUUGACUCGGCUUAUAAACCGAUGCUGAAGAUGGAGCAAUUAGGCAAAACUGUAGCAGGGGAACGAACAUUAAGUGAUGCGUAUGUGAGGAUUGGUGAAGUGGGCGAUGAGAUUGCAAAAAUUUGCAGUUCACAAGGGAAAAGUGCCAUUAUCGUAUGUGAUGCGAUUGGCAUUGACGCGCUGUUUAGGCGAAUCACUCGACGAAGUGAUAUUCCCGAGAAUUUGGAGUCGACAGCAUACAUGCAAAGAUGUUAUCCACAAUGCUCUACGAUCACACUGGAGUGGAAUGCAAAAACGCGCUGUUGGCAAUGCAAAUCGAACGCAGUACCACCGAUGACAAUGUUCCAUACGACUAACAUUGUGAAAAUUCCCUCAUUUGGUCGGAACACCAAAUUCUCCGAUAUACCAUCGGAACAAGAACCACUUUAUUGA